CCCCACCAGCUUAUAAAGACAGGUCACCUCAAAAAGUCCGGGGGAUAAUUAACCGGGAGAAAUUUCCAGUGGGUGUUUUAGCACCCAAACGCGUCACGGGUGUGCUCCACGUGUGGGGCGUGGAUUUGAACGGGCGUCUAUAAGGAGAAGCGGCGCUGCUGGUCUGGACGGGCAUCUCUGCUCGUAUGAACGCCGAAGACAAGAGGAGAAAACAGUCUGACAGAGUCAGAUAAUUAACCACCCGGCAAGGGAAGAGAGAAAGGAAGCAGCGACCAUCAAGGAGGACGAGUUCUCAGCAGGAGGGAGUCACUUCUUCUUCUUCUUGAUUCACAUCUCCCCUAAGGGGCGUGGAGUGCCGCUUUAGCAUCUUUAGCAUCGUCUGCUAACGCUAGCUAACAAGGUACAUGUUUAGUGUUUUGACAAAGAGAGCUGGAAUGUUAACUCUAGGCUUUUCUAGACCAGAAGCCUACAACAUCCUCCUCUAAAACUAGAACGACCUCAGUGCCGGUGGAUAACCCCAUCCGAAGCACACCUAGCGAAUUUGACCUGACGGUGGAUUCUACAGCUUCCGUCCAGACAGCAAACACCAAAGCAUUUUCAUUGCUCCUUUUUUUUUAUUAAUUACAUCCAAAACAUUGACUAUAUAUUCAUAUAAAUAUAUUUUCAAGCUUUACAUCCAAGAGAUUUUCCUAAGGUAAUCUGUCAAAAUGGGUCCUGGAAUGGAAGCAGCGGACAUAGCGGUGGUAGCACUGUAUUUUGUCUUGGUGCUAGUCAUCGGGUUUUUGGCUAUGUGGAAAGCUAACCGUAGCACUGUGAGUGGCUACUUCUUGGCUGGACGCUCCAUGACGUGGAUAGUGAUAGGUGCAUCACUCUUCGUCAGUAACAUUGGAAGUGAACAUUUCAUAGGCCUGGCUGGGUCAGGCGCAGCAAGUGGCUUUGCUGUGGGAGCAUGGGAGUUUAAUGCACUGCUACUUCUGCAGCUGCUUGGCUGGGUCUUUGUCCCCGUGUAUAUCCACUCUGGAGUCUACACCAUGCCUGAGUACCUGUCAAAACGCUACGGUGGCAACAGGCUAAAGGUCUAUUUUGCUUUCUUGUCUGUUUUACUCUACAUUUUUACCAAGCUGUCUGUGGACUUGUAUGCUGGAGCACUCUUUAUUCAGGAGUCCCUGGGGUGGAACCUUUAUUUGUCUAUCGUUCUGCUCAUCAGCAUGACUGCUCUGCUCACUGUCACUGGUGGAUUAGUGGCAGUGCUGUACACGGACGCCCUUCAGGCUGUGCUGAUGAUUGGUGGAGCCCUGACCUUAACCAUCAUCAGCCUAGUUAAGGUUGGUGGGCUAGAGGGUGUCAGAACUAAGUAUAUGCAGGCAGUUCCUAAUGUUUCUGCUAUAAUUGCCACUGGAAACUACACUUAUUCACCUUCCUGCCGCAUCGAACCUAAACCAAACUCGCUGCGCAUCCUUCGAGGCCCCCUGGAUGAAGACAUCCCUUGGCCGGGCUUCAUUCUAGGCCAGACCCCUGCAUCUAUUUGGUACUGGUGUGCGGACCAAGUCAUUGUUCAGCGAGUACUAGCAGCAAAGAACAUUGCUCACGCUAAGUGCUCAACACUCAUGGCUGGAUUUCUCAAGAUCCUGCCCAUGUUUGUAAUAGUGAUUCCAGGAAUGAUCUCCCGCAUCAUGUUUGCUGAUGAGAUUGCCUGCAUUGGGCCAGAGCACUGCAUGGCUGUGUGUGGUUCUCAUGCCGGCUGCUCAAACAUUGCCUACCCACGCCUGGUGAUGGCGGUGAUGCCUGUUGGACUCAGGGGUCUUAUGAUGGCAGUUAUGAUCGCUGCCCUGAUGAGUGAUCUUGACUCGAUCUUCAACAGUGCUAGCACCAUCUUCACCCUGGACAUCUACCAAACUGUUCGGAAGACGGCAUCGCAGCGCGAGCUGCUAAUUGUGGGCCGCAUGUUUGUUGUGCUCAUGGUGGGAAUCAGCAUUGCUUGGGUCCCAGUCAUUAUUGAGAUGCAAGGCGGACAGACGUACCUCUACAUCCAGGAAGUUGCUGGCUACCUCACGCCACCAAUCGCCGCCCUUUUCCUGCUUGGUGUGUUCUGGAAACGAUGUAACGAGAAAGGGGCAUUUUGGGGAGGCAUGACGGGUUUCAUGCUAGGUGCCCUACGACUCAUCCUAGCCUUUAUCUACCGCCAGCCUCGCUGUGACCAGCCAGAUGAUAGACCUGCCUUCAUCACUCAUGUUCACUACAUGUAUUUUGCAGCUGGCCUGUUCUGGAUUUCAGGUUUUGUGGCAGUGGUGGUCAGUCUCUGCACCUCUCCGCCAGACAAGGAGCAGGUUCGCACCACCACAGUCUGGGGGCUCCGCAACAUUGAAAUGGCCCCCGUGAAGGACAGAGAUGAAAUGUACCGACUGACCGACAAGAGCUAUUGCAAUGGCGAUGGACACCUCCAUAAAGAAAUGCCCCCAGAUGUCAGAGAACAAAGGUGUUUGGAUGGGGCAGAUGUAAAACUUCUGGUUCCAACUACUGACCAUGAUCCAGCAACACCUAGUGCAGAAACAUCCCCCGCCACCACUCCUGCAGAACAGUUUGGUAAAGGAAGGAUGGAGAUGAGCAGAGCAGAGGAAGGCCACCAUGGCAAUGGGGAGACUAGCAGGUGUAUGCGCUUACUGGACUGGUUUUGUGGAUAUAAGGAAGGAACAUCGAGCGCUGAUCAGAAAGUGUUGCAGGAAGAUGCAAGAGUCAUUGCAGAGAUGUUGUACGAGUCACCUAGAGUGAAACUGCUCCUCAACUUGGGUCUUCUGUGUGUCUGCUCUGUUGGCAUCUUCAUGUUUGUGUAUUUCUCACUGUAGUGAACCCUGCACUGAACUAACGGGGACUGAUGUGGGGGCUUUUAUGUAGGUGGAAGCUAUGUGGGAGGUUUGGGGCUGUUACAAACAGUUGAAUUUUCAGAGACUUGAAAAGCUCUGUCUGUAAUAUUUACAGUUGUCUUUUGUAGCUCUAUAACAGGGACCCAAGCUUAUUCUAAUCAUUUUUUUUUCAAAAUGAUUAAAGCUUCUCCACAUGAAAUAAAAACUGACUUCUCUAUAACUUUGAAUCUCAUUAGCGUGUCCAUUUUGUACAGCGCUUGUUGUUAAUCCUGCAUUCAGAAUAUCUACUGGGAUUUCUAGAAUUGUUGUUCUCUUAAGUGAAUUUAAUAUUUGCCUUAUUUGACAUAUGCACUUGUCUUUCUUAUGUGUAUUGUGAAAAACAAAUGUAUCCUGUGAUUUAAGCUUUUUUUGUUCCACUCCUGUUGAGAGUGAUAUUAUGUCUGUAGUUAACUCUAAAACUGUUUUAGGUUACAGGCAGUUUUGUACAAAUUUCUGCCGCUGAACACUGAUUAUUACUAUGCUAUAUCAGUAGAACUUCAAGUAUGUGAUUAUUUUAACUUCUGUUGUGCCCUGGAUGAUCGUUUUAAGGUUAAAUAUCCUUUAUUUAUAUUUUUCUGCUUGAGAGAAUGUGUAGACAUGAAAUCGAAGCCUCUCUUUCUGGAAGAGGUCCAUUAUGAAUUUUGGAUUAUAAAUUUAAGUGCGAAGAAGCGUUGUUUUACUGCUGGUGUUGUAUAUGAUCAUUAUGUUUAUGGUGAUUAUUAAAGUUACCGGUUUUAUUUAGCCUACCAGAUGUAUUGCAUCUAAAAUCAUUUGAGUUUACCGUUAAUAUUUGGUAUUUGCUAUAGAGUAUGUAUAAGUUUGACAGCACAGAGGAGAGAAAAAAGAAGCACAAGAUUAUGAGUUUUCCUUUUUUUUGUCAUUCUAAAAAAAUAUAGAUGGGAUUGGCUGUUUAAUGUGUUGUCACUGAUGACCAAAUUCCAGUAAUAUCUGGAGCUGUACUGCUAUUUUUAAUGGAUUAUAUACUGCAUUUUCUACUACUGUGUUUUUAUUGUUGAGUUGUUUUGUGUGAUUGUUAUUCGUGUUACAGUUCAAAAACAGCAUACUAUUUUUUAUGCACUACUAUUGUAUCGUAACAAAAAGCCACAAGUACCAACGCUCUUGAUUCUGUACACGUUUAUAUUUUAAGGCAUAUCUCAUUUUAUGUUUUACAUAAUUGAAAAGCGUGUCAAGUCUGUUCCAUUAUGUUAACAUGUGUGUACAAUAUAUUUCAGGGCUCAUUGCAUUACCCACCAUAUACAUUUUCUUCUAUAGUAAGCUAUCUCUUGUGUAUCUACUGUGUCACUGCAGUGCUGAGCUGUCAUUUGAUUUUGUUUCAAGUGCAUCUUUUAUAAACCUACCAAAUGUGUCUUAUUGCGCAAUGCUUUAAAAAAAAAAAACUGUCAAAGAACAUUAAAAUUGAGUUGUUUUAUGUCCUGAAAUGUUUGUACAGUGAAUAUUUGUUUAAAGCCGUAUACAGCUCUGUCGUGCAGUAUGUUUUUAGUCAGAGGAGAGUAUUGAAAAACAAAUGACAUUUAUGACAUUUGUUUCCUGAUUUGCACAUCACUGGAUGAGCAUGACGCUAUCAAGGGUGAUUGAAGCAGGUGCAUAAAGUUGCUGGCCUUCUGGAGUGUGGUCAUUACUUCCACGUGUCCACACAACACCACCUUAAUACCACAGUACAAAAAAAACAAGGAAGUAUACCGUGUUUAUAUGUAUUGCGAAAUUUGACAGCAGUGUUGCACAGCCUCAGUCCAAAACGUCAGUGUCAUAAUGCGACAGGCCCAUCGUUACCAGUGUCGGUCAUAAAUGAUGCAUCAGGAUUGAUAAGCGAUGAUUGCUGUAUGUAUGGGAAAGAGCUUUAAAACUUUUUUUUUCUUUCUGAGAGAAAUACAUGGUUAUUUUUAUGGAUUUUAUUUUUAGAGAUUGAAAAUAAAGUUUCUGUGGAGACCAAAAGA